GCCGUGGAAGAUAUUAUAUUCAAGGUCAAACAACCGCGCCUGCGUGCUGCCAGACGCCCUUUGCAACGACCCAGGUAUUGUUCUGGACAUGAAUCUUCGGCUUGCAACAGUAGACGAUGCAAUCGGAAUGCAGGCAUGUAACCUGCAGAACCUGCCCGAAAACUACACCAUGAAGUACUACCUAUAUCAUUUGCUAACCUGGCCAUCCCUGUCCUAUGUCGCGGAGGAGGGCGGUAGAAUAGUCGGGUAUAUCCUUGCCAAGAUGGAGGAGGAUGUGGGAGAAGAUGAUGAACCUCAUGGGCAUGUCACGUCGAUCUCGGUGCUCAGGUCUUACCGUAGGCUGGGCCUAGCGAAGAAGCUCAUGGUUCAAUCACAGGAGGCUAUGGCCACGAUCUACAGGGCUUCUUAUGUAUCUUUGCACGUCCGGAAGUCUAACCGAGCCGCUCUCGGCCUGUAUAAGGAUUCUCUAGGAUUUGAGGUCUCGGACGUGGAGAAGAAAUACUAUGCCGACGGUGAAGAUGCAUACGCCAUGCGGCUAUCUCUCAAAAACUGAGACGGUCCAAAUCCGAGUCUGUCGUCGAGCCCUCUACAUACAUCUGUUGUAAGAUAAAAUAUACAAUAACAAUACAAAGCAAUAAAAGGGCUCAGGGAUAGAUCGGCUCCAUCCUUGCUAUCUCCAUGGGGUAUCUU